UUAGAAGCAUUGAUUUGUGGUUGUAUUUUUCCUAGAGAGAAAUAGCAUGUGUACACCGGAUAUUAGAGCAGAUCAGUCUGCAUUGCGUUUUCAUUCACGAAAACAAUCCUCACCCUUAAGAUCAGCACAAACUAAAUAUACAUCAGAUAUGAUGUAUGACUAUAUGGAUGAUACGGAGCCCGGGGUUGUUUUUAAGUUCCGGUUUUUAUGGCCCUUUAAUCGAAGAGAUGUACGUCAACUAUCGUCUUCAUCAAGUAUUUCUUCCAGUAGUGACCAUGAUAAUGAAUCGGUUUUUAAGUCACCAUCGUAUUCUCAUUCUUCCAACUCUUUAUCAUGUAACGUGAGUUCAUUCCCAUGUUUACUUGGUCAAAUUAUCGAUCAUGAGCGGCAAAAACGAUCUAAAUUGCCACAUGAUUUAUUCGAGUUUGAGGAUGAUACUAAGCGGGCAUCUGGCGCAAUCAUAUUGGCCAGUAAACGGCUUCAAUGUGUCGUAAAAGACAAUGAAGGCAAAAGGCCUGUAAAUUCUACAAAUAGCGAAUCUGGACGUAAGAAAUUAAAGUCUCCUUUUAUUUAUCAUGUUUCGUUGGGCGUUUCUUCCGCAUAUCCAGAUACAGAUUUGGAAUUUUGGAGGAAUAAUCUGCAAAAACAGAUGCGCCUUAGACGUCGUAAUGCUUGUCGAGUUUUUAAGAAAACCAAUAAACAAACGAUAACGGCAUCUCCUAAACUUCGUUCUCGAUCAGUUACUUCUAAGGCAUCUGUUACUAAAGUUACUGAUUUUCAACCGUCUCCAAUUACACCGUCAAAUUCUGUUUCGAAUGCGACAGGGCAGGCUUCUGUUCCCGAACGGCGUUGUAUAUCAUGUGGAUGUUCUAGCACACCAUGUUGGAGACCAAGCUGGUACGGAAAUACGGGAUUGCUAUGUAAUAGCUGUGGUUUAAGGUACAAGAAAAUAGGUGUACGCUGUUUGAACAAAAAUUGUCGGCACAUUCCUUUACGUUCAGAAUUUAGGGAAAUGAAAAGCAGAGUGAGUGGCGAUUCCACGAUUGAUUGCAUUAAAUGUGGAGGUGAAGUAAAAAUCAGAGGCUAGGACUUUGAUAGGUCGUUCUGGAACGUUAUCGUAAGUCCUUAGCUU